AUGGUUGAAUUACAAAUCAACUGGUUGGUUAAAGGGGCUGGCGUCGAUUUGAAUGGCUGUGGACGUCGGCGUCGAGUUCAAAGGCUUGGGUCUGGCGGAGAUGAAGAGGAAACAAAAAAGCUGAGGCUAGGGUUUAGGGCUUAUGGGAAGAGGAAGGCAAAGGGCUGGCGUCGAUUUGAAUGGCUGUGGACGUCGGCGUCGAGUUCAAAGGCUUGGGUCUGGCGGAGAUGA